AUAACCCAUUGUUCGAUAAUCGUAAAUCGAUAUUCAUGAACGCAGGCGUUGAUCUUCUUCUCAUCAUUCUGUAACGAUAAUAUUAUAAUUAUUAUAUUUUUAUCUUAGUCAAAACGUAGUAGUAAAUCGACUGACGGAUUAAUAUGUUAGAGAAUCGCCCUGUACAACAAUAACAAUAAAUAAUAAUCACAAACAAUCUUUGGGCGAUCAAGCCAUUUUUUAUCGCGAUUCUUGUCAUCUAACAUUAAUCGUUAUUGACGACAUUACACUGUGCAUUUUCGUAUUCGUUUUCGUUCAGACGGAUCACACUCAUAAGUGCACUACGAACAGGUUGAUUGAGGGCCGCGCCUUAUAGGUACUCGACGGCGACGAUGUAAUUACGUUCCAAUUUUUUUGCAAUUAACGCGACCAACAGUAUUCUUCGGUGUUUGCUCCUACGAUCGUUUUGACGGCAAUCAAACACUAUGAACGGUGCGCAGGAUAAUGCUAGAUAUGAUGGACUCACUGACCAGUCCAAUCUGUCAAGCGGACCUAACAAUGUGGAUCUAUACAACGAUUCCGGCUGUGGUUUUGAGAUUCCUGGUUUACAAUAUUUGUCAUUAUCUAGAAGAAGAUUUGUUAUUGGACAAUGAAGAAGAAUACAUUCAUCCUUAUUCAGAUGAAUAUGUACUUUUGGAGAGGAAGAUGCGUAAUAGAUUAUCUUUUUUCUUUAUGAAUCCAAUUGAAAAAUGGAAAACAAGAAGGAGGUUUCCAUACAAAUUUGUAAUCCAAAUCAUCAAAAUAAUAUUGGUUACACUUCAACUUUCGUUAUUUGCUCAUACUCGUUACAGUCAUGUAAACUAUACAUGGGGAAAUAGAAUUACAUUUUCACAUUUGUUUAUUAAAGGAUGGGAUCCAGCUCGAGAAAUAGUCUCUUAUCCACCUGCACUGGGACCACUAGCUAUUUAUAAUAUUGAAUCAUUUUAUUCAACAAUUAACUAUGCCGUGGUUGGUUAUGCCAACAUCAGUAACGCAAUUGGAUCAUACUCAUAUCUAAGCGAAGAUAGUAAAGUUGUGCAUCCAAUAUUUUGUACUGUUCAUUAUAAAGAAGGAAGUGUGUUUGGUUUCAACGAAAGUUAUACCUUUGAUGGAGAAAUAAUACAAGAAUGCCUGAAUGUCACUAUAACAGAUGAUAUAAAAACUAAAGGAUUUUCAAUCAAAGAUUAUCUAAUUCAACAAAAUAAGACAAUCUAUUUUUCAUCUUUAUUAAAAGCUAAAUUAAAAUUUGCAUUAAAAACUGUUAACUUCAGAGUUGCUGGAAAGUAUUCACCUCCUGAUUGUUACAAAUUCGAAAUUCAAAUAACAUUAAACAAUGAAGAUAUGGAUGGUCAAGUGUUGGUAGACUUGGAUGUAAAUCCUUUUAGGCUAAAUUGUAAAGGGAACGUUGAAUACAUCAUCGAUAACAAAGUCGAGUCAUUUUUGAGAAGUGUAUUAAAUUAUUUUGUUAUCAUAGUGUGUACUAUUUCAAUGAUACUAUGUACAAGAGCUAUAUUGAGAGCACAACUACUGAAAUAUGAGACAGUAAGGUAUUUUGAAGACAUGCUAAAGUCGACAUUGAGUUAUAGAGCACGGUGGGAGUUUUGGAAUUUGUGGUAUAUAAUGAUAAUCAUCAAUGACAUACUGAUUAUAUGUGGUUCAGGAAUAAAGGAACGAAUAGAAAAAAAGCAAUUUAUUGGCGACCAAUGGAAUUUAUGUAGUGUACUACUUGGAACUGGAAAUUUGCUGGUCUGGUUUGGAGUUCUUAGAUAUCUAACAUUCUUUAAAACUUACAAUGGUGUAAUAUUAACAUUAAGGCAAGCUUUUCCAAACACUUCUAGGUUCAUUUUAUGUGCAAUUCUAUUGUAUGCUGGCUUCACAUUUUGUGGUUGGUUGGUAUUAGGACCUUAUCAUAUGAAAUUCCGGUCGUUGGCAAGUACAUCUGAAUGCUUAUUCUCUUUAAUCAACGGAGAUGAUAUGUAUGCCACAUUUACAAUCAUGGCUACAAAAUCCUCAUUGCUGUGGUGGUUUAGUCGUUUGUACUUAUAUUGCUUUAUAAGUCUGUUUAUUUAUGUGGUUAUCAAUCUCUUUCUAUCGGUAAUCAUUGACUCCUAUGAAACAAUUAAGAACCAACCACCUGAUAAUAAACCCACAACUGACCUGGAACAGUUUAUGGUUGAAGGUACAUUUCCUACAUCAUCAUUUGAUAUAACAGAAGAGACUGAUGAUUGGGCACAAGUAUCAUUUGCCCAAACAAUUAGGAAAAUAUUUUGUAGUUUUUGUAUCGAUUUCAAAAAUUUACGCCAAACAUGUUUGUUUAUUAAUCAAAGAAGCCGACAUUUAAUUAUUUGAUAUGAAGAUGGCUAUCUAUUUAAUUUUAUAUUUUCGUUACCAAUAUUUAUUAUUAUCUAAACUCUAUAUUUUAUACACAUAUUAUAGAUGUUUAUUAUACUACAUAUAUAUUAUAGACUGAUUCACUGUGUAUCCUUUCCUAACUGCACUUCACUAAUUGAACUAUAAUUAUUAAAUUAAUUUAGUCACAUAAGAUAGUGAUCUGGUAGGGAUAUAAGAUAAACUACUAUCAUAGGUACAUUAUGUUUAAUACUUAAUUUCACUCAAUUUUUGUUAAAAAUGUUUAUGAUUAAACACGUUUUUGUUUUUGUUUUGUUUGGUAAAUAAUGUGAGAGGACAGACAUAAUAAUUAAUAUUACUUUCAUGGCGUUCCUAAAAGUCAAUUAUUGUUAACCCAUAUUUAAUUAUGCAUGCCGUUUUAAUCUAUCAUAUGAACUAUGUUAUAAUGUUCAACUAUUGUUUAGUAAUGCAUGUCAUAAUUUUUUUUUUUUAAUUAUGAAUUACAUUAUAUUAUACAUCUUUGAUUUAAAAUAAACAUGAAUUAUUGUAACA